UAUCUGCUGUUUAAAUAUGAAUUUCACAAAAGCAUUUUUGCCUCAAUUUUAUUAGAAAGCAUUUGUAAAAAAUAGCCAGGUGGGACAGAAUAUACUAAGUUGGUUGCUUCCGGUUUUGUCAUGCUACUCGAUUCACCUUGUUGCUAAGGAAGAGCAAAGAGGAUCAGAGAACUUCAAACAAAAGUGGUAAAGUAAAAGUGAGGCCUUUGGGAUUUCUUAUUCGGUAUCCUUCAAUGCUUGCUUGUUGAGCUGCAUUUGCUGGCUCAGCACCUUGUUAGGAAUGAAUCUAUGAAAUAAUGGGAUCCUGUUCUGCUGUUUUAUAUUCAAGCUCCAACUUCAGUGGACAGUUUAAUCUGUUUUGGUGAGUUAACCAUAUCAUCAUGCAUUCGACCAGCUUGUUUACAAAUCCAUACGCAGUAGAAGUCCUGCAGACAAAAAAAGAAGAACUGGUGGAAGGCAUUAACAAUCCGGACCACCUUCUUAACUGGUUGAUAACCAAUGGUAUCUUUACACCAGAGAAAAAAAUGGUUAUGUCCUACUACAGAACACGGAUAGAAAAGAACUCGCGGGUUUUGGAUAUCCUGGUUUCUCAAGGUGAGCGAGCUUGCAGGCUGUUUUUUUAUCCAUGUUUAAAACAAGUAGAGCCAAAUCUGUACAACAGUGUGCGGAGAUAUGUCAGUGAUGUAAAUGAAAGUAUCGGUGAUGCUAGAAGACAACUAGUAGGGUACCUACUUGAAAAGGACAAGGAUUGGAUUGAAAAGUCCAAAGAACAACACAAAGAGAAGACAGAUAUUCCUAGACAGAUAAAGAGAAAAAGGGUUAUUAUAGAAAAAGUUAAAGAAACACAAAGUUUGCCAGCAGCAAAAACAAAAAAGGACCAUUCUGAUACUGUUAGUAUCUUUGGUGCAGCUGCAAAAGGUGAUCUUUCUAACCUAGAGAAAAUGCUGAAGGAGAACGAUAUUAAUGCAGUAAACUCCUCAAAUGAAACACUCCUCCAUAUUGCAGCUGCUAAUGGUCAGAUUGCAGUAAUGGAAUAUUUAAUUAAAAAAGGUGCUAAGCUAGAAGUGAAGGAUAGUCAAGGGAAAACACCACUCCACAGGGCAGCUGAAAAAGGCCAGGAUGAUGCAGUGAAAGUGCUACUCCAAGCCGGUGCCUACAUAUAUAGUUUAGAUGAAGCAGCCAAAACGCCACUUCAUUUGGCUGCACAGAUCCACCACGGUCCUACACUGAACAGGAUUCUGAAAGAAGAGGCAAAGCGUUACAGGAACCAGCACAACUUCUUGCAUAUGACAGCUCUCAAAGAUGAAAGCAGUUUGGCACAAAUGCUUUUAAAGAACGGUGCCGCAGUUGAUGCAAAGGAUGAGAAAGGGCAAAGUGCUUUGAGUUACGCUGUUUCCCGGGGAUUUGAGACGACUGUAAAAGUACUGCUUGAAGCUGGAGCUAGCAUCGAUUCCAAUGUACUUGAUGUAGCCUUCGAUAGCAACAACCAAUCCAUUUUCCGAAUACUGUUAGAAUAUUUUAAAGGUUUGUCCCCUGACACAAUGGUGUCAGCUCUUUUUAAAGCUGUCCAGAAGAACCUGCACGGCAUUGUGGCAGCUUUAGUAGACAAAGGCACAGAUAUCAAUGUCUACAACGAAAUGGGGUACACGCCUUUACUCAUGGCUUGUGAACUGGGUAAAACAGAGUCUGCAGAAGUUCUAAUUGAAAAAGGAGCCAGCUUGAAGGAGAAGACACCCAGUUCAGACACGGCUUUACAUUUAGCUGUUCAAGCUGGGGCAGUUGCCAUCACUAGUCUGCUUCUACGCAAAGGGAUGAAUGCUAACAUCACAAGCCAGGGAGAUCAAACUCCACUGCACGUUGCUGCAUUUCAUAAUAAGGAAGCACUUGUUGACAUAUUAAUCAAUGCUGGGGCCAAAAUUAAUGCUGUCACAAAGGAGUUAGUCACUCCUUUACAUAUCGCAAGCCAAAGAGGUAAUGCUGAUGUCGCUCAAAAACUGCUGCAGCAUAAAGCCAAUGUUAAUGUUAAGGAUAAGCAGUCAAAGACACCCUUACAUCUUGCUACUGAAGUAGGAGAUUGUGCAAUGGUGGAAUUACUUAUUAAUUCCAAUGCUGACGUCAAUGUCGCAGACAAGGAGAAGAAGGCGCCUCUUCACAUGGCAGCUAUGGGAAAUUAUCUCAAUAUAGUUAAACUUCUAUUAGCCAAAGAAGCCAGAUUUGGAGCUAAGGACAUGGAUGGCUGCACACCAAUGCAUUAUGCAAGCAUCAAAGGCAAUGCAGAGAUAGUAAAACUCCUCCUGAUGGAAGGGAAGAAUAAACAUGUCGAUGACAAAAAUAUCUGGAGAAAGACUCCACUGCAUCUUGCAGCAGAACAUGGACACGGUGACUUGAUAAAUUUGUUGUUGAGCCACGGGUCAGCCAUUAAUGCUUUAGAUAACAACAAAGAUACCCCACUGCACUGUGCUUGCAAGGCCGGUCAUUUUAACUCUGUAAAUUCACUUGUAAGCUGGUCUCAGGGAGAGAAAGCAAACUUACAGGCCACUAACAGCCUCAGAAAGACACCACUGCAAGUAGCAGAAUUUAACACAACUGAAAGCCAAGCUCAGAUUGUAACAUUUUUGAAAAAGAAAAUGUUCAUAACAAAAUAAAUUUAUAGGAAAUACAAAUAAAAGUAUGUACCAGUACUUAAGUAAAAGAUUAUUAGUUCAUCCCACCUGCGUGGUAGCAUAUUGCUUUCUUAGUUCAAUCUGUUAAAUUUUAUCUGUAUAAAAGGCAUCAUACUGACAAGGGUAAGGAAAACUAAUAAGAAUGCUGGGGCUCAUAUAAUGAUUGCUGAAAAAAGACUCUAUUUUUAAUCUACAAAGUGAUGCCAACCUUCCCGAUUGUAUUAUGAAUCUCAUAAUAUAUUGUGCCUUUCUUGAAGCAUGAGCUUUAGCAGUUAUGCAUGUAAAAAUUCCAUCUUUUAUUUUAAAUCAUAAGUUUCUCACUAUUGCGUCUUUGGAGAAAACCUUGAGGAUGUGGACCCCACAGACUCAGAAAACCAAAAUGAAAAGAAGCAGCAUGAAUUGACUUUUAAAAUUCCCAGGAAUUUUCAGACAUUCAUAAUUUUUUGUUGAGCUUGACGUUAUUUUUGAAUGGUUGGAAUCAGCAACACUCUACUAGAAACCACAAGAUAAAAAGUAAAAAAUGUGCGUAGUGUUGAUGGAUAAUAUUCAUGAUUAUGUUUAGCUUAAUUAUAAAGCUACCGUUUGGUAAAAUCAUAUUUGUAUUAAAUUUCCUCUUUAAUGUUAGAAAUAUAUAAUUACAAAACUAAUUUCCAUUUUAAGUAUUAUGCUACUUACUUUCUGCAGUUCUCUGGAGAACUGCAUAACUAAUGACAAUGGUCAGUUCUUAUGUAGUUUAUAAGGAGUUCAUCUUUCAAGACCCCCCAUUCCAAUAUAAAGCUGGGAUACUUAGAUUACCACUACUGCAAUUAAACAUUUAUUGGU